CGGGCCAAGGUUGUACAUUACCGAAAUCGAGUAAUUUCCGGCCUCCAUUCCCGAUCAGGAACCGUACGGAUCGGUAGUCCCGGCCCAAUGCUGAUUUCGCCACGAAUUUAUCGGCAGGAGGUUAAAUCGCACGAUCCCGAGUAACGACGAUCCUCCUUCGAUAGCGGAUGUAAAACUUUUAUCAUGUCUCCGGACGAUCCCUGUGAAAACACGAAAGAGCGCCUGUCCAUCGAACGGUGUAACGGAAACACGAGGCUACCAUCUAGAGACUGAAAAGGUCUUGGCGAAAUUCUCAUCGACGUGACCCGGCGGAUGCGUCAUGUCGCCCUACGAGGUGCACGUUUACGAGCGGAACCUUACUUGAAGACGCAGAGCCGAGGCGAAACGCGCGGAAAAGCUUCUAAAUUACAAUGUCAACGCCCGCCACGGACCCGCUGCCGUCCACCGUUUCCGGGGAAUUGACGACCGCUCUUAUACCGACGGUUACCAAGAUCGAUACGCGGCUGGACGUCAAUCCCAUUUCGGUGGUUUUGGCGGUGUCGAUAGUCUGCAUUUUAUCACCGAUCACCGUCACCGGAAACUCCAUUAUCCUGGCGGCCUUCUAUAGGUACAAGAGGCUGCGAACUGCAUCCAAUUACCUGCUAGUCUCUUUGGCCGUCAGCGACUUCGGGGUCGGCGUGUUCAUGCCCUUUGGGAUGCAGCUAGAGCUGUCCGGUCUGCCGGAAAAUGGCGUUUCCACGCUGUGCAUCGUGCCAUACUGCAUCGUGAUUGCGCUCUGCAGCGUGAGCGUGCUGGUGACCGUGGCGAUCGCUGUGGAUCGGUUAACGUCGCUCGCACAGCCACUCAGGUACAAGAACAUCAUCACCCACAGCAGCAUCGAAAAGUACAUCGCUGCCUUCUGGAUCUACGCCAUCGCUGUCGGCCUCUCGCCUUUGAUCUACGCCAAAGUCACGGGAGAGAUGCAGCCGCACAGUGGCAACUGCAGGUUCGGGGCGGCGGUGCUCCCGCCGGUAAGGGUGUUCCUGGUGGUGGCAGUAUGGGCACCCAGUGCUCUCGUGCUGCUCGCCUGCUACAUGUACGUGUACCUGGUGGCACGUGCACACGCGCGUGCGAUAUACACGGUGGAACUGUCGUUCAGGCACCAGACGCAGACCCUGGCAUUGCCGCGUUACGGUCAAACCCUGGCAGUCACGGUCGGCGCGUUUCUCAUCCUCUGGCUUCCAUUUCAAACCUGCAUGCUGCUGGAUAUCUUCUGUGGCACCAACAUCCUCACCGAAUGGGCCGUCGUGUGGCUCGGUCUGCCCAUCAUGGCGCACAGCGGCGUGAACCCGUGGAUUUACGCUUUCCAUCAUGGCGAAAUGAGGGUUGCAGCGGUUAAGAUCACCGAAGAGUUGGUCGCGCUGUUCGGUGUGACACCUAGCCGUUACGGUUGCUCGCCAAUGAGACGCGGUUCCAAUACGAAUAUGGAACUGGCCGAGGUGAACAACAGCAACGACGGCAGAAGACAUCCCGUCGAGGAUUGUUUCGCGGUGAAGCAAAACAACGCUCUUUACACCAGCAGACGAUGUCUGGACAUGUCAAGCAAGCACGCAGACAUCUCUCCGGAGAGGAAUAUCGAUCACACGUCUUCUGAGAGCAGGCAAGAGGACAUCGUCGAGGAGAACAUCCACGAUCUCACGAAGAUGCUCGAUCUGAAGUACAUUAUCGAUCGGAAUCACAUGAUCGACUCGAAUCACAACAUCGACAAGAUUAAGAACCUGAAGUACCUGCUGGAUCCAACGUUCAACAAGAUCAGACACCUGAGGAAAUUAAAUCACAAGAGGCUGACGAGCAAGAAUUUCGCGAAGGCAUCGGAGCCGAAAUUCAUCUCUUAUCAGAAUUUAAAGAGCGAAGGCACGAUGCAAAGCGUUGCAAAUCGCAAAGUGUUGCAAAUGAACACCAUGUCGGAUCCUGUGCUCAGCGCCGACAGCCCAAUGGUGCACACGAAGGACUUCAACGACGGUCUGAGUCCUAUCAACGGUAAAAGAAGAAACUCGAACCUCUGUUCUAUGUCGGAUCCCAAUAUUAAAGCGGCAACCGGUCACUCUUCCGAGGUAAAUCUUCGACUUCCUACCUGUGAACCCGGCAUCGAGACUCACAGAUACUCCGUACAAAAUUUAGACCACAAUAGAUACGACGGAGGAUUAGCCAAACAUAUUAUGCUAAGUCGACAGCUAGAGAAUCAAAAACGGUUUCAAAUUUUCCCGCGUCCGAGGAUGAAGAUCAACAAUAGUAAUUUCGAUCGGAACAGUCCAAAUCUGAACCUGAGGCUUCAAAAUAGUUACACGUCGCCAUCCACGCCGGAUAGUACGAGGUCGAGCUUAUUAGGCAGUCCAAGGCAAAAGACGUCCCCGAAACACAUGACGAUCACUCCCAACAGACUGGCUAACCUCGUUCAUCCGGAUAAUACGACUUCGAGAAACUUGGAGCUCAGAGCAGAUCCAACUUCUAGGCUGUUACAAGUCCGUCGAAAUAUGGAGAUACUGAAACAUUCCGAAUCGAUCAAUACCAUCGAACCGAUGACGCAUAUGAGAUUGUUGGAGCCUUACAGAGUCAUGGAGACUCUAGCAGUGCCGACAAUACACUCGGAACCACCGAGUCCCAUAGAUCCUCUCCCCCUCGCCUCUCUGCAAGAGGAGGACGCGAAGAAUUCCGAGACGCCGAAGCCUUCCGUUAGUAUCGACUGCUUGAAAUCCCCCAUGGGCAAUAGGAGAAGUCCAGUGAGACACUCAGACCCUGUGAUACCAUCCGUCUUGUUGAAUAUCGAAGAUUACAGCGAAGACCAAAAAUCGAUCAAUGACAAAUCUAGUCACGAUAGUUCCUCGAAUAACCUAGCAUCGUCGGGACAAAUGGCGUCGAUAGAACCCAUAGAUCUGUUCGAAGCCCUGUUGAAAAAUUCGGAAAGGUAUCGAGAAGGUAGAUUACCGGAGCCGAUCUUCGCCGAACAUGACUCGACGAGGUUCAGCUCGAGAAGACCUUCGGACUCUAAGUGGUCGGAGUCGUCGAGGAGUCAGGAAAUCCUAUCGAACGUGAUCACCGAACAUCAGACGUUCCCUUCGUCCUAUUCCGUGAACAACUUCCAAGUCUGCAACAGCGGCAGCGAUCUCAACGACCUGACGUCCCUUGACCCUUUCAUGUGCCCAGACGCGUUGACAUCGUCAUUGCGCGAGUCCUUUUUCAGCGCCCCAUCCGUACCUGAUUCAGAGAUCUUCACGUCGUUCGAGGAAAACGAUGAAUCCAAUUUCACACCCGACUCCGAACGCGACUUGUCCCCCUAUAAUUCUGGCUCGACGAUCAAUCUGAAGAGAUCAACGUUCGACGUCGACGCGCAGAGCAAGUCCACGGAGUCCGUGUUUCGAAAUAGAUGCCUGUCAACGAGGUCAUGCACGAUCUUGCGUUUAGAGCCUUCCUUACAUCGAAAUAGAUUACGUGUCAAGCCAGGAGCAGACUAUAUCCUGAAGGAUAUGUCUUUGAAGACUUCACACUUGGCACCGCUCGCCACACCAACUCCCACGGACAUCUGCACUCCUACCUUCGAACUCGUUUCGGAACUAAAGGGUGACAACGGUGUCGGUGUCAGAGUAUAGAUCGAUCGCGCAAAUUUCGAAGCAGUUUGGUGAAAAGAGAACGAUCAUUCCGUUCGUUUGGACGUAUACGAUGAACGAAAUUGGAACCCUUAUACGAAAUUCUCCUUCGGAUCGCGACGUUCCGUUCGUCGAACAGGGAUUUUUACCAUGUACCAUGUUGUAUAAUGAUACGAU